CUCCCCUUCAAUUUAAAAGAGACCACGUCUUUGUUUUUAACUUUUUAUCUUUCUUUCAUACAAUAUGGCCCAAUACACAUUUAACGUUGAAAUGUCCUGCUCUGGUUGCUCUAAUGCAGUUAACAAGGCAUUAUCUAGACUUGAAGGCAUCGAAAAGGUUGACAUUAGUUUAGAAGAACAAAAAGUAGUUGUUGAUACCAAUCUUCCUCGCGAAACUGUUCUUGAAGCCAUUAAAAAGACUGGCAAGACCGUUAAAGAAUAAAUUAGAUAAAAAAAUUAUUAUUUCAU